AUGUUAUUUAUGCAUGGAAGACCUCUUGUUCAUACUAGUCAUAAUCCUAUUCAAUCGGCUCAAUGUAUUCGUGAUGAUGUUCAUUUUGCUAGUGUAAACGAUGAUAGAGAAUGGAUUUAUAAUCGACCAUGGACAUAUUGGCCUCGAGAUCCUGAUGAUAAUAUUGCAUUAAUGUAUAAAUGUGCCAAGCGUAUAUUGACUUUACUCGGUUAUAAUGCUGAAUUACAAUUAAAUCCAACAAAUAAGAAUCCAAAAGACGAGAAUGUUAUUUCAGGUUUCUGUUGUGCUCAAUUUUAUGUAACGAAAGAACGUAUUCAACGUUAUACAUAUGAACAAUGGUUAUCGUUGUUUCAUGCUAAUUUUGAACCAUAUUGUACAACACCACGUGAAAAUGAACAACUUGGAAAUGGUAUUCAAUGGUUUGGAGGAACUUUUGAACAUAUCUGGCAUGUUAUUCUUGGACUUUAUCCAGUAGAUGCACCAGCACCAAAACAUAAUACUACUACUCAUCGAUGUCAAUGGUUUCGUCCGUCUUGUAAAGGAUCACCUUGUAGCUCGUAA